AUGACUGGCAUAGAGAAAAGUGUCAAACAGAUGGUCACAAAGGCCAAUCUGAGGGUGGUCGGGCUUUUGGCACCUCACCAAGAUAUGAGGGAAUCUACCGCGGGGAGUGCCACCGGCACUGAAGUCCCCGAGCAACAACAAGAUGUGCCACAACCUCCACCGAGGAGGGCAACAGGGGUGACCAUCAACGAAACAACCGGUGCCCUACGACCUGCUGCUGCACCGGCUCCUCUAGGGAAGGACAUGCUUGCCGAACGAGCCUUUGACUUGUACGCCAAAUCAGCAAGCAAGAAAAAGUCUCAUAAGCGCCAGUCUGGGGAGGGCUACAGCAAUCUCCCCAUGAAGAAAUCUCGAACAGACGAUCCUCCUGCGCCUACUCCCACAAAGGAGACAACUCCUCCACCAGCUCCUGCUAGAGAGGCAACCCCGACGCCUCCUGUAAAUCUAGAUCCCUCGUCUCCGGUCGGGCAGAAUCCUCCUCCAGCUCCAGCCGACCUUACGCCUCCAACAUCCACCAUCCAGUAG